UUUUGGCAUCGAAGGACUAAAGAAUGGAUAUCCUAAAUGAAUGGGUUCUAUCUGGUUAGAUCAGAUUUCUGUCUGAGUGUUUUUACAUCCUACCAUGAGCUAAGUUGCUCGAGAGUCUUUCUGCACGUUGUUCAGCUCACUGUGAAACGAACCAGAGCAAUGCUAAUUCUACAAAAUCCUACUCUGCAUGCAUUAGUCUACUUCCGUUAGCCACUCGAGGGCCCUUCGGAUGCUUCGAAAAAUUAUAUAUCUAGGUUGAUGUUUCUCUCCAUAUUCUUUUUUUCAUCAUCCAACAAUCACAUUCACUCUUCACUCACUCUUCAUUCCGUUCUUCAAUUUUUCCACAUCCACUCGUUCAAAAUGCAUCAUCACGCAAUCCUAAUUGCAGGCUUAGCCGCUCUUGCUACUGCCAACCCAGCUCCUCAAAACAUUGAUUUUGCCGUAGUCAAUGCCGCUCCUUCUCCAGCAAAGACUGGUCCAGCUCCAAGUGCCACCAAGGAAGUCGUUGUUAUCAACCCUGCCUCAGUCUCUGCUUCAGGAGCUGCCAAGGCCACCGGUCUUGCUACUGCUUCAGCAACUGUCUCCCAGAACAAUAAGCGCAGUUGGGGUGGCGGAUGGGGAGGUGGAUGGGGAGGAUCUGGAGGUUACGGAGGAUCCGGAGGAUCCGGAGGAUGGGGAGCUCCAAGUUCUACUACCGUCAAGGCCACUUCCACCUCGAUCUGCACCACCUCUACCACUGCAGCUGCUGCAACCAGCAUCAUCGUCCCUCCUACCACCACCGAUACUCCACCAGCAACCACCCCAUACGUCAGCACUCCAUGUGCCACUCAACCAGAUGGUUAUGGACCAAAGGUUCAACCAGAUACCGUUGAUGCUUUCCUCGCCUACUCCGAGUUCGCAACCGAGUCAAAGAAUGCCAAAACUCCUUCCGGUUACGAUCAAACCUUUGUUGAUCUCAACGCCGCAGUAACUGCCAACACCUACCUUGGACUCACCACCUUUACCAGCUACGAUGUCGCCCAAUGCGGUACUCUUUGCGAUAACACCAACCUCUGCACAGGUUUCAACAUCUACGUUGAGCGUGAUCCAUCCGUCAACCCAUCCGACGAUUGCCCCAACCCAGCCUCCAUCACCAACUACAAGUGCACACUUUGGGGAUCUGGAGUGGACUCUGCUUCCGCCACCAACACCGGUCAAUACCGUGAUGGAUUCCAAGUCGUCAUCACCGGCUCCAACGGCUACUCCAAGACCGUCCCUCCUCCAAACCAGCCCGGUUGGUCACCACCUCAACAAUGCGGUGGAGGAUCCAAGGGACACUCUCACCCAUCUACUUGUUUGGGACAAGCCUUCUUCCCCGGUCCAUACAACCCAGCUGUCUGCGCCGGUUACGCCAUUGCUCAGAAUGCUAAGAAUAUUUCUCUUAUCUCCGCCUGGAUGCAAAUGGUCUACAAGUUCUUGAACUACUCUCCUUUUGAAUGCAAGUUCUUCAACUCCUACAUGUUGAAGAAGAAUGGACAGCCAAUGGGUACUUACUGUUCCUUGUUCACUCAAUCCUACUCCAGUGGACAAGCUACCUAUGUCCCUGGUGUAUCGGGAUCCGAUAGCUGGACUUGCGAGAGCUCUUACUCUUACACUAUCUCUAACUAAGGGAUUGUUUGAUAAGGUGUCAGGCGAUCAGAUGAUUGAGGAUAGCAGGGAAAAGCGAAUAGAAAAUGGAGAUGGAUGAAGGGUUAGGAAAGGUGAAUUUUAAUGUUGGUAAUGUCUCACUGGGACGAAUUUUCUUGUCACUCCUUUAUGUAUAACUUUAAGAAAACGCAUGAUUUUGCGAUGAAUUGGUUGAAUUCAAUGUUUAAUUUAUUAUCUUAUUAAAAAAAAUCUU